AUGGGUCGCGAUGGCAAAGUCCACCUACAGGGAGAGGAAGACUCCAAGCUGAUUCGUCCUCCAACUCUUUCCUUGAAGUUUGCCAGUUUCAGAAUUGUGAAUAGACAGCAACUUAUAAUGGCUUCUCCACUUGUUGAAUUGCCAGCUGACACAGUACAACGAGUUGCAUCUGAACUUAGGUGCCAGCCAACAGACGAGAGGGUUGCCCUGCGCCUCGAUGAGGAAGAUAAGUUGAAGCAUUUCAGAGAACAUUUUCAUAUUCCAAAGAUGAAAGAUCUACCUCCAAUUGAUUUAUCUUUAGUGAAUAAGGAUGAAAACGCCAUUUAUUUCUUGGGAAAUUCUCUUGGUCUUCAACCAAAAAAGGUUAAAACAUAUCUGGAAGAAGAACUGGAUAAGUGGGCCAAAAUGGGUGCCUAUGGUCAUGAAGUAGGGAAACGUCCUUGGAUUACAGGAGAUGAAACGAUCGCAGGCCUUAUGUCUGACAUUGUAGGAGCCAAUGAGAAAGAAAUAGUCCUAAUGAAUGCUUUGACUAUUAAUUUACAUCUUCUACUGUUAUCAUUCUUUAAGCCUACACCAAAGAGGCAUAAAAUUCUUCUAGAAGCCAAAGCCUUCCCUUCAGAUCACUAUGCAAUUGAAUCACAACUUCAGCUUCAUGGGCUGCACAUAGAGAAGAGUAUGCUACUUAUAAAGCCAAGAGAGGGGGAAGAAAUCUUGAGACUAGAGGAUAUCCUUGAAGUUAUUGAGAAGGAAGGAGAAUCAAUCGCAGUGAUCCUGCUAAGUGGGGUGCAUUAUUAUACUGGCCAGCUGUUUAAUAUGCCUGCCAUCACAAAGGCUGGGCAAGCCAAGGGUUGUUUUGUUGGCUUUGAUCUCGCACAUGCAGUUGGAAAUGUUGAACUAUCCUUGCACGACUGGGGAGUCGAUUUUGCCUGCUGGUGCUCCUACAAGUAUCUAAAUUCAGGAGCAGGUGGCCUUGCUGGUGCAUUUGUCCAUGAAAAGCAUGCCCAUACAAUUAAGCCUGCGUUAAUAGGGUGGUUUGGCCAUGACCUCACUACCAGAUUUAAAAUGGAUAACAAAUUGCAGCUGAUUCCUGGUGCCUGUGGAUUCCGAAUUUCAAACCCUCCCAUUUUACUGGUCUGUUCCUUACACGCUAGCUUAGAGAUCUUUAGUCAAGCAACCAUGAAAGCAUUGAGAAGAAAAUCUAUCUUGCUAACUGGUUACCUGGAAUACAUGCUCAAGCACUACUACAGCAAAGAUAAAGCAAAACCCAAUAAACCGUUUGUGAACAUAGUUACUCCAGCCUGUACGGCAGAUCGAGGCUGCCAGCUAACACUCACAUUUUCAGUUCCCAUCAAAUACGUCUAUGAAGAACUAGAAAAACGAGGAGUGGUAUGUGACAAGCGGGAGCCCAAUGGCAUCCGGGUUGCUCCAGUUCCUCUCUACAAUUCUUUCCACGAUGUUUAUAAAUUUAUCAAUGUGCUCAAUUCUGCGCUGGAAUCUGCAGAAUCAAAAUAUGACCGUGGUUUCUAGAAUAACGUAAGCAGCUAAGAUUCAAACGUGAUGCGGCUAUUUUAACCAGUUUUGAUUAACUGCUAUAAUUUUUGAUCAAGAAAAGAUUUAUGUUAAUAUAAUUUUAAAAACUGGCUGA